CGCGCGCUUUGAUGUCCAAGCAAGAGGUCGAGGAGGUACAACUACGAAAUACAAGCUUACUGGCCAGUGACUUCGACAAGCAGUGGUUUAUCUUCGACGAUUACAACUUACAGUGGCAGUGGAGUGAGAUCAGACAACUACGUAGUUUUGAGUAAGACUCUUUAACUUUAAGUGUUAUACGACUUGUGAUACUGCUUCUAAACCACACCAAAAACCACAGUCACUAUGCAAGCCUUUCUUAAGGGAGGAGGGACGUCAAAGCCUGCAGUCAAAGAGAAGGCUGGUGGGAGCGGUGAGAGUACAAAGACAAGAGAGCGCCUCAUACCAUGGGUGGAAAAAUAUCGCCCAAAGACGGUUGAUGAUGUUGCUUAUCAAGAGGAAGUUGUAGCGAUGCUCAAAAAGUCAAUUCAAGGCUCAGACUUGCCAAAUAUGUUGUUCUAUGGUCCACCUGGCACAGGAAAGACUUCUACGAUCCUAGCUGCAUCCAGAGAGUUGUUCGGGGACAUGUAUCGCUCUCGAGUGCUGGAGUUGAACGCAUCUGACGAGAGAGGGAUCCAAGUGAUUCGAGACAAAGUCAAGACAUUUGCCCAGCAGACGGCAGGAGGCACCAGGCCAGACGGACGUCCAUGCCCCGCCUUUAAGAUUAUUAUUCUGGAUGAAGCCGAUUCAAUGACAAAUGCUGCUCAGUCCGCCUUGCGUCGUACAAUGGAAAAACAAUCCAAGAACACAAGAUUCUGUCUGAUCUGCAAUUACGUCAGUAGGAUCAUUGAACCUUUGACGUCCCGUUGCUCCAAGUUCCGCUUCAAACCCCUGUCUAAAGACAUUCUGAAGAGAAGACUGGAGGAGAUUUGUCGGAAAGAAGGGGCCAGGUGUGGAGAGGAGGCAAUAGAUGCCAUCAUUAGCACGUCAGAGGGAGACUUGAGGAAAGCCAUCACAUUCUUGCAGAGUGCAGCAAGACUGAGAUCCGAUGAUAGUAUCAGCGUUCAAGACAUCUAUGAAAUCGGAGGGGUUGUCCCAGAUGAGGUCAUUGGGAACUUGAUGACGGCCUGUUCAGGAGGGUCCUAUGAAAAGCUGGAGAGAACAGUACAAGAUCUUCUUAAAGAAGGGUUUGCAGCGACACAAGUCGUCAAUCAGGUGUUUGACAUCAUCGUCAACAGAGAAGACAUGACUGACACUCAGAAGUCUGCCAUAACGGAACGUAUUGCUAUUAUCGAUAAACGGCUGUGUGAUGGUGCUGAUGAGUAUCUUCAAGUCAUGGAUAUGUUCACACACAUCAUGGGCCAACUGUGUAAUGCCUGAUCGUCAGCUAGCCAAUCAAAUGCCCUGUUACUUCACAAUCCAAACUCUAAGCCAUUUUCAUUGGUAAACUCUGCAUUGCUCUGUAAAACAGAACAGUAUUGGUCUAGGUAAAGAGUCGGUAAAACAACAAGUUUUUUGGAUGUUUGAGAAAACUUUUUCUGUAUGCGCAGAUAAGUUAUCUGCACAUACUAUCAUAAUAUGGAAGAUAAACUUUAAAGGAAUACAUUGCCUUGGAUUGGACGAGUUGGUCUUUGAAAAGCGUUUAAAACAGUUUGUUAUAAAAUGCAUA